CCCUUCGUGCCAAAGCAAUUUGCCCGUUUCAGAAGGAAAACCUGAGAUGGCAUAAUCUGAUUGGACUCCUUACGCAAUCCCACGAGGCUUAACUCUGUUUAUUCCAAGUCAGAAACGAAAACCUUCUUACAAGUUUAAUUCUAUCACCGCCCGUUCCUUUUUUUUUUUUUUUCCGUGUCUUCUUCUGUUACAUGCUGACACUUUUCUUCUGAUUAUACGAGGUGAACUCCUCCAAGACCCACCCCCUUCUUUUUUCUCUUGAAUUUAUUUUCAAUUUUGUUUCAAUUUCGAUUUUUUCAGUUCUUUUCAUUUUGUGAUUCUAUAAUUCUUUUGAGAAAAUAACAAUGGAUGACAUGAAAGAUAAGAUGAAGGGCUUCAUGAAGAAAGUCAACAAUCAGUUAUCUUCUUCUUCAUCAGGUAAAUUCAAGGGCCAAGGUCGAGUUCUGGGUUCUGGUUCUUCUUCUUCUGGAGGACCCGUUUACUCGAAUUCAGCUCGACCCAAUCCACACUAUCUCAACACCAAUCCCAAUCCCACUCCAAACACACAACCAAAACCAAAACCGAAGCCUCAGCCAAACCCUUCCUCUUCUGUUUCUCAGAAAUCGGUCGUUUCUGAGGAGAGUAAUAAGUACGGUUUUGUGAAUAAUCCGGAGCAGGGUCGGAAACCCUCCACUGGGUUUGACCCGUAUGGUUCAUUGAUCACUUCUGGGAAGAGAUCGCAACAUGGGUAUUCUUUAAAUUUGUUUGAAUGCCCGAUUUGUGGGCAGGCUUUUAGGACUGAAGAAGAUGUUUCUUUACACGUUGAGAGCUGUGUGAAUAAUAGUAAUCUUCAUACAAAUAAUGAGAAUAACAGCAGUUCAAUAGGUGAAAAAAAUAAUAAUUGUGGUGUUGAUGAUGUUUUGAAUGAGUCUAGGAGUCAAUUGGAGAUUAUUGUUGGUGUGUUUUUGUCCGGGAAGCCAAAGGAAGGGUCUGUUGAAGUGGUUUGUAAGUUGUUGGGGAAUGUGGUGAAGGAACCAGAGAAUGCGAAAUUCAGGAGAAUUCGGAUGAGUAAUCCGAAGAUCAGCGAGGCGGUUGGCGAGGUUGCAGGAGCAGUUGAGUUAUUGGAGUUUGUUGGGUUUGAAUUGAAAGAAGAAGAAGGGGAAAUGUGGGCAGUAAUGGAGGUCCCUAAUGAAAAGAGGAUUGGUUUGAUUAGUAAAGUUGUAGAGUUGUUGUUGGAUCCAAAAAAGGUUGAAGCACCACUCAAAGUCGAGAAGUUGAAGGAGGUGGAAGCUAAGGAUGAGACCAAGGAUGGCACUGAACAGAUCAAGGUUGAUAGACAGAUCCGGGUCUUCUUUUCCGUACCUGAGAGCGUAGCAGCAAGAAUCGAGCUGCCAGAUUCCUUCUACAACCUAUCAGUUUCAGAACUGAAGAGAGAAGCUAAUACAAGGAAGAAAAAGAUUGAAGAAUCACAGCUAUUGAUUCCUAGGUCUUAUAGGGAAAAGCAGGCAAAAGCUGCCAAGAAGAAAUAUCGCAGAACUAUUAUCCGUGUCCAGUUUCCUGAUGGAGUGGUGCUUCAAGGUGUUUUCGGUCCUUGGGAGCAAACAACUGCCCUCUAUGAGUUUGUGAGCUCAGCAUUGAAAGAACCCAGUUUAGAGUUUGAGCUGCUACAUCCUGUAUUAAUCAAACGCCGAGUGAUUCCAUCAGCAGGACAGAAACCUACUACAUUAGAAGAAGAGGAUUUGGUACCCUCAGCGCUGAUCAAAUUUAAACCUACCGAGACAGAUUCAGUUGUCUUCAUAGGACUCUGUAAUGAACUCCUGGAAAUUAUUGAACCCCUUGAAUGAUGCAGAAAGCACUCCAGUAUUGUUCUUCACGAUUCCCAUACCGGGGUACAUGGCCUGAUUUUGCUUAUGUUUGAUCUCUUUUGGACCCUGUAGAUAUGGAAAUUAGACUGUAAAUAUCAACAUUUUGUGAAUUGUAUUAUCUCUGUUCUCUCAACAGGACCAAAAAUUGAUUUUCCUAUUCUCAGAUUUGAAAUAAUUGUAAGUCUGCAAUUAAAUCAAUUUGAUAUUUGCUUUAUG